AUGGGGUCUCCUUCAACAUUUUCGCGUCUUAAUCUCUUCCCAAAGCCACGUUCGCUUUUCUCUGCACUCACCACACUCCGCAGAAACCAACUUCCAUUCAAUUCGUCGUUUACCGCACCUUCCCGCGCAACCUCCUCCGCUUCAAAACGCGAUGGCGAUGUCGUCGUUUUGGGCAUCGAAACCAGCUGCGACGACACCGCUGCGGCUGUCGUGAGAAGCGACGGUGAGAUUCUUAGCCAAGUGGUCUCUUCUCAGUGCAUUUUCAAUGUUGCAUCAGCUGGGUUAUCUGGUGGGUGGAUGGGAGUGUUCUUUGAAUGUGCUAAUGCUAUACAUCUGCUUGCAAAAUAUGGAGGCGUUGCUCCAAAAAUGGCAGAAGAAGCUCAUUCACAAGUUAUAGAUCAGGUUGUGCAAGAAGCCCUUGAUAAAGCUUAUAUGACCGAAAAAGAUCUCACUGCUGUUGCUGUUACUAUUGGUCCUGGCUUGAGUCUCUGCCUUCGCGUGGGAGUUCAGAAAGCCCGGAGAAUUGCUGGGGGAUUUAAUUUGCCUAUUAUUGGCAUACAUCACAUGGAGGCUCAUGCUCUGGUGGCCAGGUUAAUUGAAAAAGAUUUGCGGUUUCCAUUCAUGGCCCUACUUAUUUCAGGAGGGCACAAUUUACUCAUUCUUGCACGUGAUCUUGGACAAUACAUACAACUUGGAACUACAAUAGAUGAUGCUAUCGGUGAGGCAUAUGACAAGACAGCAAAAUGGCUUGGACUAGAUUUGAGAAGGAGUGGGGGUCCUGCUAUUGAGAAGCUUGCUAUGGAGGGAAAUGCUGAAUCAAUCAAAUUUUCUAUUCCAAUGAAGCAGCACAAAGAUUGCAAUUUCUCCUAUGCUGGUCUAAAAACCCAAGUUCGACUGGCAAUUGAGUCCAAAAAGAUUGAUGCCAAAAUUCCAAUCUCUUUGACAAGUAAGGAAGAUAGACUGUCACGGGCUGAUAUUGCUGCUUCUUUUCAGCGAAUUGCUGUGUUACAUCUUGAAGAAAGGUGUGAACGAGCGAUACAGUGGGCAUUGAAGAUGGAGCCUUCUAUAAGACACUUGGUUGUCUCUGGUGGUGUUGCAUCAAAUCAAUUUGUCCGAGCCCGGCUUGAUAUGGUUGUAAAGAAGAACGGCCUGCAACUUUUGUGCCCUCCUCCUCAGCUUUGCACUGAUAACGGUGUAAUGAUUGCUUGGACUGGUAUUGAGCAUUUCCGCAUGGGAAGAUAUGACCCUCCUCCACCUGCAGAAGAACCCGAAGACUUUGUGUAUGAUAUACGCCCAAGGUGGCCGUUGGGGGAAGAAUUUGCUGGAGGAAAAAGUGAAGCACGUUCCUUAAGAACAGCCCGUAUUCAUCCAUCUCUUACAUCUAUAAUUCAAGCAUCAUUGCAACAGUAA